AUGCAAGCUGCUCUCCGCUGUGCAGCUCGUCUUCCCAUCCUCAGUGCAGCACAUUCAACCUCCCGAUUGUUCUUAAGCACCGCAAAGCUCAACAGUCCUGUGCUAAGCCGCGCCAUGUCCCUGUCGUUCGUCUCUACCCCUGAUGCACCCGCCGCCGUCGGCCCAUACAACCAGGCUGUGAAGGUCGGAAGUCUCCUCUUUUGCUCAGGCUCGCUGGGAAUAGAUCCCGCGACGGGGAAGCUAACUCCCGGUGGUGUUGAGGCGCAGACGGAGCAAGCUCUCAAGAAUAUGAAGACGAUCAUUGAGGCGGGAGGAGGCGAAGUCAGUAAAGUGGUCAAGACCACAGUAUUCCUUCAGUCUAUGAAUGACUUUGCUGUCAUGAAUGGAAUCUACGCUCGAUUUUUCGAUGGACACAAGCCCGCACGUUCGGCUGUACAGGUCGCUCGACUGCCGUUGGAUGGGUUGUUUGAAAUUGAAUGCAUCUUUGGACUAAAGCGUAGAGGAUUCGCCAGCAUGUCCAUAUCCUCCCACUGUUGGUGGGGCGAGGCUCUGAACCGAGGUGUAAACACUUUCUCUCCGGAAGGGCGGUUGUUCCAAGUCGAGUAUGCAAUUGAAGCGAUCAAGCUUGGAUCCACGACUGUAGGCGUGAAGACAAAAGAGGGUGUCGUCCUUGCGGUGGAGAAACGUGUCCAAUCUCCUUUGCUCGAAUCGUCCUCAAUUGAGAAAAUCAUGGAAAUUGACAGGCACCUCGGGUGUGCUAUGUCCGGACUUACUGCCGAUGCACGAACCAUGAUAGACCAUGCCCGUGUCACGUCUCAAAACCACGCUUUUACGUACGAUGAGCGCAUCAAGGUGGAAAGUGUCACGCAGGCGGUCUGCGAUUUGGCCCUGCGGUUUGGAGAGAGUGUACAUGAUGAGGAUGCGAUGAUGAGUAGACCGUUUGGUGUUGCGCUCCUUAUUGCCGGUAUCGACGAGCUCGGGCCUCAACUAUUUCACACCGACCCCUCCGGUACUUUUGUGCGUUAUGAAGCGAAAGCGAUCGGGUCUGGGUCAGAAGCAGCUCAGAGUGAACUCCAAGAUAAGUGGCAUACUCAAAUGACGCUUCAUGAGGCUCAAAUACUCGUACUGCGCGUUCUUAAGCAGGUGAUGGAAGAAAAGCUGGACCACCACAAUGUCCAGCUGGCACAAGUCACACCGGAAAGUGGAUUCGAGAUAUUGGAUGAGAAAUCAUUAUGGCUCAUUAGGGUGUACGAAUCGACUUUAGGCUUUAUUUUCGGCUAUGAUAUGGGUGUCAUCUCUGGAUGUCUAAUUAUGCCCGACUUCGCGGCACGAUUUGGACAAAUGGGCACCGACGGUGUGCCAUAUCUUUCAAGUUCGCGCCAGUCGAUCAUCACCUCUCUGCUCGGAGCCGGUACCAUCGUCGGGGCGAUCGCGCAGGCAUUCACUUCCGACCGUUAUGGGCGUCGAGGAUCGGUCCUGAUCUGGGCAGCGGUCUUCACGGUAGGCGUGGCGAUCCAGACUGGGACUGUGCGCUCCCUCGCGCAGAUCGUCUUCGGUCGUUUUGUAUCGGGGCUUGGCGUGGGCGCGUUGUCCGCCAUUGUGCCGCUUUACAAUGGCGAGACCGCGCCAAAGGCACUCCGAGGUGCUCUAAUCGUGUUGUACCAAGUGAAUAUCUUCGGAGGCAUCUUCAUCAGCGAUUGUAUAGAGCUUGGCACACAUAACAUUAGCGGAUCUGCGUCGUGGCGUAUUCCCAUCGGUCUGCAAAUCUUGUGGGGUCUUUUUCUGCUUUCCGGAAUCUUCUUUUUACCUGAGUCGCCCCGACACUUGUUAGGUACUGGAAAGGAAGCCGAAGCUCAGAGAGUGGUGGCAGAAUUAAAUGGUGUCCCUGAAGACGACCCGCUUGUGCGCGAUAUCAUCGAAGACUUGGAGUAUGCUAUCAAGGCAGAAAACGAGGGUGGGAAGGUCACUUGGUGGGAAUGUUUCUCCACGAGAAAUCACUUGUGGAAGCGAACGAUCAAUGGAAUGAUGCUGCAAUUCAUCCAACAACUCAACGGACAGAAUUUCUACUUCUACUACGGAGACACAUUCUUUCAGAGUGCCGGAACCCAACUGUCCCCUUAUAUUAUCCAAACCAUCCUUGGUGGAGUAUCUGUCGCCGGUGUCAUUCCAGCCUUGUACCUCAUAGAUGCCUGGGGUCGUCGCAGGUCGCUGCUCGUGGGUGCAUUGGCGCAAGCGGCUUGUGCAAUUAUCGCGGCGCUUGUAGGACACUACCUUCUUGCACCUGUCGGAACCCCAAUAAAUGAGCUGACUGUCCGAAACCGCCAAGGCGGCGAUGUGCUCAUUGCAUUUGCUGUCAUGCACGUCUUUGCGUUCGGUCUAUUCUGGGGUGCGACGCCUUGGGUCUAUCUGGGAGAGAGCUUCCCGCUGAGAGUGAGACCGAAAUGCAUUGCAUUGGGAAGUGCUGCGAAUUGGGUAUGGAAUUUCCUCCUGAGUUUCUUCUCGCCACGGAUAGUUGCCAGUAUUGGCCCCCUCAUUCUCCUUAUCUUCUUCGGCAUGCUUGUCUUCGGAUUCGUAUACGUUUAUCUCUUCAUUCCGGAGACAGUAGGCUUAAGCUUGGAAGAGGUCGAUGAAAUGUAUCGCUCCGGAGUAAAGCCCUGGAAUUCCUGGGGUUGGCAGCCUCCACAUGACCGAGUUCAUCACGAGAAGGUAGCCUCGGCGGAGGUGGUAGACGUAAGAGAGAAGAGCGAUAGUGAUAGCAACAGCAAAUGA